AUGGGAGCGUUUAUCGCCAAGAUGUUGCUGCCCACCAUCAGCAGUUUGGUGUUCCUUCCUGCAGCCAGUGUUGCCGCCAAGAGGGGUUUCCACAUGGAGGCCAUGGUCUAUUUCUUCACAAUGUUCUUCAUAGCGAUUUACCAUGCGUGUGAUGGUCCAGGUUUGUCCAUUCUCUGUUUCAUGAAGUAUGAGAUCCUGGAGUACUUCAGCGUGUAUGGCACAGCUAUCUCCAUGUGGGUCACACUACUAGCACUGGGAGAUUUCGAUGAACCCAAGAGGUCUUCGCUCACCAUGUUUGGGGUGUUGACAUCAGCUGUGAGAAUCUACCAGGACCGCUUAGGCUACGGCAUCUACUCCGGCCCCAUUGGAACAGCUGUCUUUAUGAUAACAGUCAAAUGGUUACAAAAAAUGAAGGAAAAAAAAGGCCUUUAUCCUGACAAAAGUGUUUACACUCAACAAGUGGGGCCAGGGUUCUGCUUCGGUGCUCUUGCUUUGAUGCUUCGCUUCUAUUUCGAGGAGUGGGACUACGCUCAUGUCCACAGUUUCUACCAUGUGUCACUGGCUGUGUCCUUCAUUCUGCUGCUGCCCAAGAAGAACCGUUAUGCCGGGACGGGACGCAACGCAGCCAAACUCAACUGCUACACCCUCUGUUGCUGUGUAUGA